UUUGAAAUAUUCAACGAACGGCUCUACCUUAUUGAGAAAUUUAGCAGGUAACAUGAAAAUUGCGUGGUUCACAACACCUUCUCUUCUCUCCGAUUAUGGCUACUCAUCUCUUCACCCUUUCUCUUUCCCCGCAACCCAAACUCUGCUUCAAUUAUGCACCCAAUCAUGCCGUCCACUUCAGUUCUCUUCUCCCAACAAAACGGCGUCGCAGCCGCAAUCGCCACAGCCGUCAGAUUCUCCGGCCACCAUUCUUCGUAUCGAGUUCCUUCAGGACUGAGAUUGGAUCGGCGGAAUCAGAUCUCCUUCAAGGCCAGGGACAGAGCAAAGACUCGCCAGUUUUACUUGACGUCAGUGGUAUGAUGUGCGGUGCUUGCGUCUCCCGAGUCAAAAACAUCUUAUCCGCCGACGACCGUGUCGACUCAGUCGUGGUCAACAUGUUGACUGAGACCGCCGCUGUCAAAUUGUGGCGACUCGAGGAGGAACCAGCGAGUGUUGCUGAGAGCCUCGCUCGGAGAUUGAGCGAUUGCGGAUUCCCAACGAAGAGUAGGGCGUCGGGUUUAGGAGUGGCGGAAAACGUGAGGAAGUGGAAGGAUUUGGUGAAGAAGAAGGAGGAACUGGUCGCCAGGAAUCGAAGCCGUGUCGCAUUCGCUUGGACUUUGGUCGCAUUGUGCUGUGGCUCGCACGCUUCGCAUAUUUUUCAUUCUUUAGGAAUUCACAUUGCUCAUGGACCGCUUUUGGAAAUUCUUCAUAAUUCGUACGUGAAAGGUGGUUUAGCUUUGGGGUCUUUAUUGGGACCAGGACGAGAGUUACUCUUUGAUGGCCUAAACGCAUUUAAGAAGGGAUCGCCUAAUAUGAACUCUCUCGUGGGAUUUGGUUCUAUAGCCGCUUUCAUCAUUAGUUUGAUCUCGUUACUUAACCCUGGCCUAGCGUGGAAUGCAUCAUUCUUUGAUGAACCGGUCAUGCUUCUUGGUUUCGUGCUUCUAGGACGUUCUCUGGAGGAAAAGGCAAGGAUUCAGGCAUCUAGUGAUAUGAAUGAACUUCUUUCACUGAUAUCUACUCAGUCAAGACUUGUGAUUACUCCAACAGAAGGUUCGCCAUCUACUGACACUGUGCUUUGCUCUGACGCAAUUUGUGUUGAAGUCCCUACUGAUGAUGUUCGAGUAGGUGACUCAGUGUUGGUGCUGCCUGGAGAAACUAUCCCUAUAGAUGGAAGGGUCAUUUCAGGAAGAAGCGUUGUAGAUGAAUCAAUGCUAACAGGUGAAUCACUUCCUGUAUUUAAGGAAAAAGGCCUCACAGUUUCAGCAGGAACUAUAAAUUGGGAUGGUCCUUUAAGGAUUGAAGCUUCUUCAACUGGCUCCAACACAAUGAUAUCCAAGAUUGUACGCAUGGUUGAGGAUGCUCAAUCACGUGAAGCACCUGUACAAAGGCUUGCAGAUUCGAUAGCAGGGCCGUUUGUAUACAGUGUAAUGACUCUGUCAGCAGCAACAUUUGCAUUUUGGUAUUUCGUUGGAUCACACAUAUUUCCUGAUGUUUUGCUCAAUGAUAUUGCUGGUCCAGAAGGAGAUCCUUUGCUUUUGAGUUUAAAGCUCUCUGUAGAUGUAUUGGUUGUUUCUUGUCCUUGUGCAUUGGGUCUUGCCACACCGACAGCAAUCCUGGUUGGCACCUCACUUGGGGCAAGAAAAGGACUUCUUAUUAGAGGAGGGGAUGUGCUAGAACGCUUGGCCAGCAUAAAUUAUAUUGCUCUAGACAAGACAGGAACCCUCACCCAAGGAAAACCGGUUGUGUCUGCCAUAGGCUCUAUCGAUUAUGGGGAGUCAGAUAUUCUUCGGAUUGCUGCUGCAGUGGAGAAAACUGCAUCUCACCCAAUAGCAAAGGCUAUUGUCAAUAAAGCUGAGUCAUUAGAUUUGGUCCUUCCAGUUACAAAAGGGCAAUUAGUUGAACCCGGUUUUGGAACUUUAGCAGAAAUAGAUGGGCGUUUGAUUGCAGUUGGGUCUUUAGAGUGGGUUCAUGAUCGCUUCCAGAAAAGAAUGAACCCAUCUGAUUUGACAAAUCUGGAACACAGUUUGAUGAAUCAUUCAUUGAAUAAAUCUUCAAAGUAUUCGAAAACUGUUGUCUAUGUUGGACGUGAAGGAGAAGGCAUCAUUGGUGCUAUUGCCAUAUCUGACGUUGUGCGCGAUGAUGCUGAAUCUACUGUCAUGAGGCUCAAGCAGAAGGGGAUUAAAAUGGUCCUGCUGUCAGGAGACAGGGAAGAGGCAGUUGCAACAAUAGCAGAGAGAAUUGGAAUUGAAAAUGAUUUUGUCAAAGCAUCUUUGUCUCCGCAGCAGAAAUCUAGAUUUAUUUCAUCUCUGAAAGCUGCUGGACAUCAUGUUGCGAUGGUAGGUGAUGGGAUAAAUGAUGCACCCUCUUUGGCUGUAGCUGAUGUUGGGAUUGCUCUGCAGAAUGAAGCUCAAGAGAAUGCUGCCUCGGAUGCAGCAUCUAUUAUACUUCUGGGGAACAGAAUUUCACAAGUUGUUGAUGCACUAGACCUAGCACAGGCAACAAUGGCAAAAGUGUACCAAAAUUUGUCUUGGGCAGUAGCCUAUAAUGUUGUUGCCAUUCCCAUAGCGGCUGGUGUGUUACUUCCCCAAUUUGACUUUGCUAUGACACCGUCACUUUCAGGAGGAUUGAUGGCUCUGAGCUCCAUCUUUGUGGUUGGCAACUCACUGCUUCUACAGCUUCAUGGGUCUCAGACCUCCAGAAAGGUAGUCACAUAAUAAAUCCAUUAGAACAUGGAUACGUUGAAUAUAAAAUAUUCAUCGGAGGUGGUGAACCCAUAUCAUGACAGUAUGAGUACAAGCUUAUCGGAUAUCUUAUUUCAUAAUGUAACAUCAAGCUUAUGUUUUGUUCUGAUAUUUGUCCAAAAAACCGAAGUGUAUAGUUGUACUGUAUACCUCAGAUGCUCAACCUUGCCAGCAGUAAUAAAUGUAUGACACUAGGACCUGUGUUGCAGAAUGCAAAGUGCUGGCCAGUGGCUUGUGGCCUGACCUACACUUAAGACUGCAGAUAUGUUUUGGCACUUUGCUUACCGAUUACUACCACCCAGCCUAGAAUUGAGCGGCUUGUCUUUAUUUAUUUUGAUGUUGAUGUAAAUGACUUCUGCUGAUGCUGAAGUAUAGAGAGAGGAAAAGGAGAGAAAUGUGUCUGUUUUAUAAUAAAAUCUAAAAAGUUCUA